AUGCUUUUGCUUCGGGAGAUUGGGCUCCUUCAGCUCUUUGGUGCUGCAGUUUUUAGUGAAUCUGUAAAUAAGCAAUCCUCACUGCUCAUCUCCAUUGUACAGGCAGGAGAUGAAGCUGUUCUUGAACUGCUUAUAAACACGAACGUCGAUGUUAACGAAACAGAUGCAGAAGGGAAUACUGUUCUUCAGUGCAGCCUGAAGGGAUCAUCUGUGCCACAUAAGCAGCAAACCAAAAUCAUGAACCUACUUAUUGUACACGGUGCCCGAGUUGCCCAAAAGAACAAGUUGGGGUUAUCUGCAGUCCACUUUGCUGCUUCAAAUGGCAAUUUAUCUGCACUUGAGAUUCUACUAGCGGCCAACCCUGAGUUGGUUCACGCCAAGACAGUAAUCAAAGAGACACCACUAUUCUUCGCAGUGAAGAAUAACCAUCUUGAGUGUGUUGAGCUGCUUCUUCAAUGUGGAGCAAGUACAGAAAUUCAAAAUCUACGCAAAGAAACAGAACUUGCGCAGUCGCGUAGUGCAACGCCAGCAAAAGGAGAUGAUGAAGAAACCAGUUUCAUCGGCAAUCCUGUGCCACCAUGGCUCAAAAAGUUCGUAAACUGGCUUCCUCGGUACCUCCGAGAUGUAUCACACAGCUGGAGAGAAAACGGAUAUCCCCUCUCAUCACUUAAAGCCGAUUUCCGCGCUAUUUUUGGCAUGGAACUCGCUCACUCCUCUCUCGGUUUCCCCAAGCUCAUCGACUUCAUCAAAUCUUUUCCGAAACUCUGUCAUGUUCAAUCCGUCCUGGUAGGUAAAUCUGGACCUGCAACCCACUGGGUGAUGUUACCCUCCAAGUGUUCUCAGCUCCAAGGAAGACCUCCAAAGCCGCUCAUCAUAAAAAAAAAUGACUCUCUCUCUCCCAAACCGGAAGCCUCAUCAAAUCCAGCUCUCACAUACAUGCAACAAGCACAUGACUCUAAAACGUUGAAGCAAAUUCUUAACGAUGACGCUCUCUCUCCCAACAAACUGAAAGUCUCAUCAACCCCAGAUCGUAUAUGCAGUGGCAGCUUCAAACAACAAGCACAUGACUCUAAAACCUUAGAGCCAGAGCCAGAACCCCAACCUUCCUUGGCUGCAUCUUACAGCAACUACCAUCUACUAAAACAUCCGGUUCAAGAGACAGCUUCAUACAACAAGCAUAUACAACCAGCACAUGUCUCUAAAACCUUGAAGCCAGAACCUUCCUUGGAUGCUUCUAACAGCUAUCAUCAUCAACUAAAACACCCGGUACUGGAGACACUUGCAAGGAUCAGAAACAGCUCGUCCGUUUUCUUUCUCCGGGAGUUUGACUUUUAUCAAAGCUAUGAGACGUGUUUGAAGCAAGGAAUGUGUUUCUGGUGCAACAAGAGAAUCCUUCUCUGGGCAAACUUCCCAUGUCGACACAAACUCUGGUGCAGCUCUUGUAAACAAAAGAUUACUCAAUCUGCAGACGGCAUAGAGGAACACCACAGGUGUGUGGUCUGUGACGCUAAAGUCGAAGGUUUCAUCUUAUCUGCACCGUUUGGGUUCGAUCACCACAGGCUUGCAAGUGAUCUCUAUAACGAUGCUGAAUUAGCCACUUCGUGUCUCUCACAUUAA